UGUGUUUAACACGGGAAAUGACAUUGUAGUAAAAUAUCAUUCGUUGGAUCGGUUAUGUAUAUUUAUCAUUUGGCAUUUGGUAACUUCCUUUAACUUGUCAAUGACGAGUGUUUGACAAAGUGUCGUGGUGUUAUGCAAAAGAAGGAUGCGCUUAAGUAGCUCAUAACCUAAACUUUGAAAAAGGCUUUGCAAAGAAAGAUCUUUGGGAUAUGCUAUUGCACUCGUAUAAUACACAAACACUGUGUACGAAUGCAAAUGUAAAUUUAGAAAUAACCAAAGCACUUAGUCGAUCGAUAUUCUCGUGAUAAACAAUGAUUAAACGAGAAAUUUUAGAACUUUAUAAGAAGCUUCUACGAUACGGCGCAAACCUUAAAUUCACGGAUAAAAAGUACUAUAUACACAGAAUUAGAAAAGACUUUCUGGAUAAUAGAAAUCUAACGGAUAAAAAGGAGAUAGAAUUCCAUUAUAAGAAAGGAUUAGAGGUACUGAAAAGACAAAGAAUUGUUUAAAUAAUGUUUAAAAAAAUGAUUCCCUUGACAAAUUCAAAUAAAC